AUGGCUGCGCCAACGCCCCUACUGCUCCUGGGGCCCCUGCUGGGGACCGUGCUGGGGGGGCCCUCUUCCUCCUCCGCUCAGGCCAGCGCCGCCCCGUCGGUGGAGGUGACUUUGGGGGUGCUGCUGCCCGGGCGCAACCUGAGCUACCCCUGGGCCUGGCCGCGCGUGCAACCCGCCCUGAGCCUGGCCCUGGAGGCGCUGCAGCCCCAGCUGCGCCCCCUAGGCCUCGACGUGCGCACCGCCUUCGCCUCCACCGAGGACCACGGCGGCGCCUGCGACUACACGACUUCUCUGCUGAAGGCCGCGGAUCUGAAGAUCUCCCGGGACCCCGACGUGCUGCUCGGGCUGGGCUGCUUCCACACCGUGGAGCACUUAGUCAAGCACUGGCGGCUGCCGCUCCUUCGAGCCGGCCUCUUCCAGAUUGAAAUAGAUCCCACCACGACGGUGUACGCCGGCCCUUCGCACCCCGCCCCCGAGCUCAGCGGCUUCCCGGGCCAGCUGUUCCGCCGCUUCAACUGGACCUCCCGCGCCGUUCUGCUCGCCAGCCCCCAGAACGAUUACGGGGAGCACUUCCCCUUCGGGUUGGUCUUCCAACAACACAUCCCCGGUGCCGCCAACGUCACGGUCUCCGUUCACCAAUACGACGGGCAGCCGGAGAAGGCCGUCCGCUUCAUCCAGACCAAGGGGCGAGUGGUCUGCAUCUGGGGGCCCCUGGAGAUGUUGCAGGAGAUCAUGAGCCUGGCACAGGCUCAGGACAUGACCAGGGGUGACUAUGUCUUCUUCUACCUGGACAUUUGGGGGAAAAGCAUGAGAGCUGAGGGGCAUCGCGAGGCAGCCAAGCCCUGGCAGAGCAAGGAGAGCCAAGAUUCAGGAGGGCUCCGAGAGGCCUUCCAGACGGUGCUAGUAAUCACUUCCCAUGAGCCGCAAACCCCCGAAUACCGGCGUUUCCAGAGUCAGCUGUUCCUGCGUGCUCAGAAAGACUUUGGUGUGGCUGUUAACGACUCAGCGGGGACGCUGGUGGCCGGCUGCUUCCACGACGUGCUGCUGCUGUAUCUCAAGGCCCUGAACGAGACGCUGCAGGAAGGUGGAACCAAGCGGAACACCAGCCGCAUCCUGGAGAAGAUGAGGGGCCAGAAAUUCCAGGGUGUCACUGGGACGGUGAACAUCAACAACUACAAUUACAGAGAGAUGGAUUUCGACCUGUGGGCCAUGAGGGAUGUGGAGAGCGGAGAAUACCAGGUGGUGGCUCAUUACGUGGGAGCAGACAAGCAGAUCGAGUGGCUGGGGCCCGUCCGCUGGAAGAAGGGGAGCCCUCCUCUCGACAACCCGCCCUGUGUCUUCGACAUGGAUGACCCCUCCUGUGGUAAGAGUGGGGGCUUCCCGGGGUAG